AAAAGAUCUAACAAUAACAAAACCAACUUCUCUGUGUCCUCUCACAUUUCCCCCUUUCUCUAUUGUAGCCGAAACCCUAAUUAUCUUCGUUUACCCGAUUCUCUCUCUUUACACACACACACACACACACACAGAGUUCCUUGCUCUUCUCUCAAAAUCGAGGAUUUCUCAGCUUCAAAAUCUCUCCAAUUUUCAUUUUCAGGCUACUAUAUGCACAUAUAAAUAUAGUAGCAAUAAAUUGAUAUAUACGUAUAGUUGUAGAAGAAAUGUAUAGAGAUCGAGGAGGAGGAGGACCGUUGGAUCGGAAACGAAUCAAUGAUGCGUUGGAUAAGCACUUAGAGAAGUUAUCACCGUCUACAUCUAGGUCUUUGAAGGAUAAAGCUGUUCCGUCUACCUCCGCCGCCGGUGGUGGUGGUGGUGGUGGUGGAAAAUCGCAUUUUGAUCAUCGCAACACCAGCAAAAACAAGUGCUCUGAUGAGGAAUCUGAAACGGACAGUGAAGAGUCUGAUGUUAGUGGUUCUGAUGGGGAUGAUACUUCAUGGAUUUCUUGGUUUUGUAACCUGCGUGGUAAUGAGUUCUUCUGUGAAGUUGAUGAUGAUUACAUUCAAGAUGAUUUUAACCUCUGUGGAUUGAGCAGUCAAGUUCCCUACUAUGACUAUGCGCUUGACCUCAUCCUUGAUGUUGAAUCCUCCCAUGGUGAUAUGUUCACAGAGGAGCAGAAUGAAUUAGUUGAAUCGGCAGCAGAGAUGUUAUAUGGUUUGAUUCAUGUUCGGUACAUUUUGACUACCAAGGGAAUGGCCGCAAUGUUGGAGAAGUACAAAAACUACGACUUUGGAAGAUGCCCGCGAGUUUAUUGCAGUGGACAGCCUUGCCUUCCUGUUGGUCAAUCAGAUAUUCCACGCUCAAGUACUGUAAAAAUAUACUGUCCCAAGUGUGAGGACAUUUAUUACCCCCGAUCAAAGUACCAAGGCAAUAUUGAUGGGGCUUACUUUGGGACAACAUUUCCUCACCUCUUCUUGAUGACUUAUGGACACCUCAAGCCGCAAAAACCAACGCAAAAUUAUACUCCUAGGGUGUUUGGUUUCAAGAUCCACAAGAUUUGACAGUGAAGCCGUUGUGAUGUUGUGAAGAGAUCAUAUUUUCUGCCAGUAAUGAUUCUUACCUGGCUUUUGAUGUACAAUUCGUCAUGGUAGAGGCAGUUGAAGCAGAGGAGCUCUUGAUAAUGAUGAAAGAUUGUUCUUCGUCGAUGAAAGGCAGCUUGGGCCAAUCUGUCAAGUGAAAUUUGUUCCCAAAAUAUCGUCGUAAAUUUACAAGAGCUUUUGUAAGCUUAAUUCUUUAUCAGUUUGAGAAUUGAUUUAUGUUUCCCCAUCAACCACUUUUCGUGGCUGUCCGUUGAUCCUUUCAUUUUGCUUCAGAACUUAUCACUACCAUUUUCCAACAGAGGUACUUAUCAGGAUUCUAGACUAGUGUACGUUGGGGUUUCGCCCUUCUUUGUAGGACAAUUUCCAGUUGUAAUGAUGUGAUUGUAUUGAAAUCUUGAGGCAGGCGCCCUUCUUUAUGUUUGCA